AUGAAUAAUUUGGAGGGAGACACUGAUGGUCUAGGAGAUCUCCCUGGGCCUGGUCAGUUAGAGCCAAUAAGGAUGGGAAAAAAGUACGUUGCGUCGAGCAGAAAACCCGUAGGCGAGCUCAGUAAGCGAACGAGAACGAUCUGCUUCCUCGGAUCGCUGUUAGCUCUGUUUCUGAUCCUUAUCGAAAUUAUCUUCAUGCUUUUUUCCCUAGGCAUGGGAAAACCAUGUCAUAUGGUUUCGUCGCUAAUCGUUUCAGUCUCACUACUCGCCAUCUGUAUCAUAAUUGUUGAGUGGAUCAAAAGCUGGCUAUUCCGCGAAUCAUCCCCCAUGUGGUUGGUGCCUCAGAAGAAGUCUACUAUCGCUGAGACAAACGCUCAUUUGGUGAUGUUGGCUAGCGCAUUACAAGCACCAGUGACAUCCGGACCACUGUCGCCCAUCAAUCAGGAAGCUGUAACUAAUAAACCGGGUGAAUUUGACCGUCCGAAACUUGAAAUGCAUGAUGUUUUAAAAUCAGAGCCGGAGGACAUGUAUGAAGGUGGUGGAGGUUUCAGAGGCAGAAUAGCAGACUAUCGAAAUUUUGAUGUGGCCACGUGUAUAGCAUCGAUGUUUCUGCUUAUUUUAUAUAUCGUUACAAGUCUUCUUCUACUCCGAGGGCUAGUGAUAACUAUCCCGAAGACGAGUACCAAGUCCAAUUCUAUUUCAAAUAGAGGUGAAAGAUCGUUGAAAUGUCCAGAAGAAUACUAUAGUCGGGGUUUUAAUUUUGUCGUGUUUAAUCUCGCCAUGAUUGGACUUCGCGCUGUUGUCUUUCUCACUAGUAAAACAUGCAAAGGCCUCUUCAUUAUCUUCUGUCGUCGAAAUAAAUCCAACAAGGAAGUUCCCAUGGUGACAAAUAAUGCCUUGAAUGGUUUCCUUCCCCACCUCAGGAAACACGAUGAAGGCUUUGACGACCCAUACUCUGAGGAGUAA